AUGCCAAUAUGUACAACGUGUACGCGAUGGACGCCUCACUUGCAUACCGUGUAUGAAUCGGCGUAUAACCUCAGACUUGAACAAUGUUCGAACUGCCAUGCAUUUGCUGAUCCGUACAUCGAGCACGACGAUUUGACACUGCUCAUUGACCUCAUCCUACUCAAGAGAGGCGUAUAUCGACACCUACUAUUUAACCAAGGGGCUAAGCCUAGGCGCGCUACAGAGACGUCGUCUAAGGAUGACAACGGCGGGGAAGAAAAAUCGCGAUGGUUGCUUAUCGUACGCCUUGGGGGAGCUCUCACAUUUGUGGACGCUUUCAUUCGAUGGACCCAUUUGAAUCCCAGUCAGUCUGCGCACCUCUCCCCCUGGUCAGGGAAUACAAUUGCCAACUUUACUCGGACAUUCAUUGGUUGUUUUGCUGAAACCGUGGCAUUUCACUGCGGGGUUAUAGCCGCCUGUUCCGUUGUACUCAAAAUGAUAACAUCAGUAGGGAAAUGGAGGCAGCGUCAUCCUUCAUCGCCAGAAUCUGACAUCCGGCGCGAAUUCAGGCAACCUGUAAUGUUGGUCUUUAGCUAUUUGCUGAUACCGCUAACACUGUUCUACUCUUCCCUCAUAAAACUCUUCCUCUUGUUUCUUCUGACUAUCUGGCGUCCGUCGCGAUCAGAACCGCUUAAUCAAACCAACCCAUGGGAUGCGUCAAAAUUAUCCAAUUUUCUCAAUGUCCUCGAUAAUAGUCAACUUGAUAGAGAGUGGAUAGUCCGUAACGUUUUAGGAGGUAUGUCAGCUGGGUUUGGGCUACGUGUGAUCCUCGACUGUCAUCCUGUAUUUACGAUGCUUGUUAUUCUUUGCGGAUGGGUAACGAAGACUGUGAUGGCAGCCUUGGUCAGUAAAUGGGUAGGUGGGGAUGAUACGUCAGGAGAGGCAUGGUUAGCUUACAGUAUUCCGUGA